AUGUAUAUGUCUGUCUUGCCUGCUUUUUUUUAUUUGCUAUUAUGUUUUCAUACAACAACAGAUUUUCAAAUUCGUGCGGCAGCAUUUUUUUCAGCUGUUUAUGCCAUAAUAAUGAUGGCAGUUAUUGUUGGUACGACAAUUCAAAUAGCAGAAGAUUCUUGGACAUCACCAAAUGCUGUUUUCUUAAUGUUAUUAUUUUCUAUAUUCUUUAUUGCUGCUUGUAUGCAUCCACAAGAAUUUUGGUGUAUUGUACCAGGUUUAUUAUAUUUUUUAUGUAUACCAAGUGGAUAUUUAUUUUUACUUAUUUAUUCUCUUUGUAAUCUUAAUAUUGUAUCAUGGGGUACGAGAGAAGCACCGAAAAAAGUUAAAAAAAAUCAAACAAAAGAAGAAAUUGAACGUGCACGAAUGCAAGAAUUAACACAAGUUAAACAAAGAUCUGCUGGAUUUUUUAAUCAAGUAUUUGCAAAUUUUAAUUUUAAAAAAUAUGAUCAACGAAUACGUUUAUAUGCACGUAAAUGGCUUGGUCUUGAACAAUCAGGACUCAAUGGAAUUUUAUUAAAACAAAUUUUAGGUGCUGUCGAACGAAUGGAAAAAAGUAAAUUUGAUGAAGAAAUGGAAGCUGUAGCAACAACAGGCUUAUAUCCACCAAUAUCUAAAACACAAGCUGGAUCUGAAAUUGAUGCUAAAUAUAGUUUAAUGCAAUUAGCAGCUCGUGCUGCUUCACCUCAAACAACAGGUGGACCUGUUAAUCGUGCUAGUUAUCCACAAAUUGAUCAUCAACAACAAAUUGUUUAUCGUGGAUUAAAUAAUGCAAGAAGUACACCAUAUGGACAAAUAAUGUCUUAUGCUGGUGUUACAAGACCAUUUGAAUCUCCACAAGUGAUUAAACGUGAUGAAUUAGUUAAUCCUGCAUGGAUAUUUCAGGAAUCAUUACGUGAUUCUGAAGUUGUAAUGCUUGAUCCACGUGAAAUAAAAUUUUUUCGAGAAUUAAUUGACCGUUAUUUAUAUCCAUUAGUUGAAGAUAAAGAUCAUCAAAAAAAAAUGGUUCAAGAUCUUAAAUCAUUACGUAAUAAUGGUUGUUUUAUAUUUUUUAUGAUUAAUACAUUAUGGCUUGUUAUUAUAUUUUCAUUUCAACUUGUUUCGGAACGUAUACGUGAUUAUGUAUUUAUACCAAUAAAACGUUUACAUAAUGAACCCUUACGUUUUGAACCACUUGGUUUUGGAUUUUUAGUUUUUUUUGCAAGCAUUUUACUUGUACAAUUUGUUUCUAUGUUAUGGCAUCGUUAUGGAACAUUAUUACAUUUAUUAGCAUCAACCGAUUUAAAAGUUGGUCAACGAAGUCGUGGAAAAAGUGGUCGUGGUCAUCGACGUGGAGAUUUUACAACAGAUAAUGUUGAAGAUGCUGUUGAACAAGUUAAAGUUUUACAACAAUUAAAAGGUUUUGAUGAAGAAGGUUUACCUGAACCUGAUUAUGAUAUUAAUGAUGAUGAUAAACAAGCAACUGAGCCUGAUUUAUCAACAACAGGACUUGUCUAUCGUGCAAGUGGCCCAAGAUAUAUAAAAAAUUCUGCUUGCACAUCACAACAAUGGAGUGAUAUAGCUAAAGUAAAUGAUAUGCAAAGAAAUUUAGAUACAACUGAUCAUAGUGAAAUAAGUCAAAUGGCUGGUUAUAUAUCAGGUUCAGUUAAAACAUAUGGAACGAGUUAUGAUGCAAUAAAACGACGUCAAAUAUCUAAUAAACGUCAUUUAUAUAAUAAAUCACUUGAUCAUGUUUUUAAAUCUCGUUAUCAAGCCUUAACACAACAACAACAACAACAUUCACAUAAAAAUCCACGAGUUAAAUUAACUGAUGUCUUUCAACAACAACAAUUAGCUAUACCAAAAAGUAGACGUACACCAAGUGCAUUAACAGCACGUGAUAGUGUUAUUGGUACUAAUAAUCAACAAUCAGCUAUUUCAAAAAAAUAUCGAAGAAAAUCUAAAGAUCGGCAUUUAGAACAUUUGUAG